GUUGAUUCCGCAAAUUCGUAGCCAAACUCACAACAAAACAUGACAAGCCUUUCGAGGUUUAGUGGCUGCCCUCUCUCUUGCGUCAACCCCGGGGAGAGCAAUACUCAGCCCAGCGUGGUGCUGCCACCUUUGGCAGGAGAGCACAUGGGACACCCCACUGGCAGUUCCUUAAAACUCUGCCCCUCGCACAAUUUGCGAGACUACCCCGAGACGAGGUCCACUGCAUAUGUUGACCAUUCGGUUCCCAGUUUUGCAGACUCUGGAUACAGCAGUCACCGGUUAGAGCAGAGCCCCAGGGGCAUUAUCAUUGGAGCCAAUCUCUCUGGAGCCGGCAUGCCACCCGUUACUGAGCAACUGGCAUCAAGAGCUAACCAUCAUGGCGGGAUUGGAAGUUAUCGUGACUUUGCUGGCUGCAGAGAUAACAGGAGCCAUGCCUUUUUCACAAGUUACCAGGAGCAGGCCCAGCACGCCUCCGCCGACGCACCUCGAGACCUGGGCGGCCAGAUGAUGCUGCACGGGCUGCCCGGCGACCUGCUCACCCGGACUCACCCCUACGGCCAGACUAUCAACCCCAAGGGAAACGGACAGCAGAUUGUCACGCAGUUCCUGGGUCUGUACAAGCCCCUCAACAUGGCCAUUCAGCGUGCAGGCGGAGGAGAGGCUUUCUUCAGGUGCUCCAAGCAAACAGUGAAGCACGAGUUGGUGUGCAAGUGGAGUGACGGCCAAGAGGGGGCUGCAGGGAAGCUGCCCUGCUGCAGAGCCUUCGGGACCAUGUAUGAACUUGUCACCCAUGUGACAGUGGAGCACGUCGGAGGACCGGAGCACUCCGAGUACGUGUGUCACUGGGAGAACUGUGCGAGAGAAAGGAAGCCUUUCAAAGCCAAAUACAAGCUGGUGAACCACGUCAGAGUCCACACUGGGGAAAAGCCCUUUCCCUGCCCAUUUCACGGCUGUGAGAAAGUUUUUGCGAGAUCAGAAAAUCUAAAGAUCCACAAGAGGACUCACACAGGUGAAAAACCUUUUAAAUGCGAGUUCGAGGGCUGCAACCGGAGAUUCGCGAACAGCAGCGACAGAAAGAAGCAUUCUCACGUGCACUCCAGCGACAAACCCUACAUGUGCAAGGUCAUGGGCUGCGACAAGUGCUACACCCACCCCAGCUCCCUGCGCAAGCACAUGAAGCUGCACUGCAGCAGCAGCAGCAAGGCCGGCGUCGCCAAAGCCGGGGACGCGCGUCCUGCUGGGGACGAGGCUCGGUCAGCCCGGGGCCCGGACGGAGCCCAGAUCUGCUCCCCUCAUCCUCACCCUCACCCGCCCACUUUAACUCAAGAUGUCCGCAUGUCCCCUGAGAGUCGAGACGAGCCGACCCCCAGGGCGCGCUUCCAUCACUCGUUUGACAGCAGUUUGGACUACUCCGCCAGGUCGCAGCCCCUGCUGGAGCCUCUGCUGCUGCAGAGAGGCGGCUACAGGUCCCAGCCCUCCCAGUACCCCUGCGGACAGACCGGUCACACUUUUGCCCAGAGCUCGCGGACUUUCUCCUCCACCUCUCCCUUUCAGAAAAGCAUCGUCAAUGGCUGGUACACAUGUCACAGCAGUGUGGACUCUUUCCCACCAAAGCAGUGUAACAACAUCCCCUCUCUCUGAGAUUCUGAUAUGGGACACAUUUGGGGCACCUUUUUUUUUUAUUUGCUGUGUUCGAUUUUCUUGUUGUAACGUAACUGUUUCUGCAUUUCUCUGUACUUUUGUGAAGGUUUUAAACAUUUUGGUGGUACGUGCGCAGUCGUCCUAUUGAACAUUUCCUGACUAGGGCCAGUUUUGUUGUUGUGAGGCCUUUUUGGUUGAAGGAGCAGUUAUAAAGUGCAUAUACGCCCAGCUGUUCACCGUGUUGACUAGUUGUUGAAAAUAGUCUGUCUAUACCAUGACAAAAUUGUUGAAAAGAAAAAUAUGGAACUCUAUCUUCAUACUGAGUUCUCUGAACGAAAAAUCUGCUAUUGGAAAGUAAUAAAUACUAAAAAAAAUAAAUAAAGUCUUGCUGAAUGUAACCCUCAUAUGAGGGGUCUUUGUUGAAUGUAAUAGGUGUAAUGUAUGUCGGGAUAGAAAUAUUAUUCAGAACUUAUGUACGUCGCAAGAUGAAUAAUUAUCUGGAAGAUCUUUUUCUCAAGUUAAAUUUUGUGAUCUAACAAGCCUGGUGGGCCUGGAGCACGAUUUGACUGUAAUUAAAGUAUCGGCAGGCUCAGCCGUUUUUUUUCUCUCUCUCGUUGCUUUCCCUUGAUUAGGUUCAGAUUUUCACCUGUUUUUCAUUUAAAAAAAUCGUACCAAUUUACACUGUGAGAUAUGUUUAUGUCACAUUUCUGUGGAAAGUAAAAACCAGUGUGAGUAUAAACCACAGUGUUUGUAUUAAUGCUUAACGUUUAAUUAGAAUGCAGGUCUACUGUACAUAAGCCAGCUUUAUAAUUAAUUAUGUACCUUAUAUUUUAUU